AGUACUUCAGUUAUUUGUUGUUGCAACUUCUUUCAUCAUAAUACUAAUAUAGACAUCAUUUACAAAAGAGUCAAAUUUACAAAAGAGAAUUUUGAGGUCAGCAGUAUUUUGUGAAAAUAAAAUGCACGCAGUCAUGACUAUCCAUUUGAAGUUAUCAUGAUGUCGUGUUCCAACUUUCGUUUCGCUUAUAAAAUGUUCUUACAUGAAGGCGUUUUUUUAAAUCACGUAAUGUCUCUUAUAUUAAAAUAAUAUCCAUGAAUUAAUGAACAAAUGCAUUAAAUUUUGUUUGAUACAAUAUUUUUUAUUCUAGGGGGAGGAAAUUUGAAUAUUCAUAAAUUCAUAUGAUUAAAAAAGAUGGAAUAUACAGGAGAGAUUACUUUUCUCCAAUGAAUGUUAAAGAAGAAAUUUAAGGCACAUAGAACUGGCCGAAAUGCGGAUCUUUAGAAUAUCAUAACUCUGUUAUCCUUGUCCGAUUUUGUUUACAUUUUACCAAAUUUGUUUGAUUCUUCUUGAUCUCAAUUACUUUCAGCUGCACUCAUGCCAUGUCAUAUAGAAACAUACUCCCUUUAAUUCUUAAUAUAUUCAAAUGUUAUACAAAUCAGUCAUAUACUAAUAUUUGAAGCAAUCAUAUUGUGGAAUAGUGCAUUAUUGAAAUUCCAUAUUUUCAGCCAUCUGUAAGUUUGGAUAACUAUGCCUUUUAUCUAAAUACCAUUUUCGUGCGCAUUAUGACAAUCUUCGAGACGUUUGAAUUUAAGCUGUAUUUAGGGUCUGCAACUAUUAGACUACGCAAACGGUGUAGGGCGGUUUGUAUCGCGAUAGCUCUGUGCGCUGGGUUUGUGCGCUGGCUUGCUUCAAUAUAUUCUGUGCGCUGGGUUUGUGCGCUGGCUUCAGCCUGGUCAGCUGGGCCUGGGAUGACGAUGUUAUUAAAGCGUGAUGAAACUGCCGUUCUCUCGAAGUUGUGAAGCAAUUCUCUACUCAUUCCUAUCAUCAACUGAUCAAAAGGUUGACUCAUCAAAACACACUGUUUAUGCAUUGCUAUUCUGUGAGGUCUCCACAGUACAUACUCUCAAUUUAAGCUAGAUAAAAUGCUAAAAGACAUAGAUUUUUAGAAGCAGCUGACUAACGUUAUCAUCACGGAAAAUGGUUCGCAUUGCAGCCGAAAGUCUGGCGGGGGUGGUGUUCAUGUGUUUGAUCCUUGUGUGCUGCGCUGUCAAAGAUGUUGUGACUGGUUACGAUCGAGAGCGUGUUGCCUGCCCGUUCAAAAGUUUGGUUUUUGGACCUGGACUGGAAACAAAUUUUGUUGUUCCUGCGAGGUUUUUCUACAUUCAAGCUGUUGAUUUUGAAAAUAAUAAUUUCACGUAUUCACCGGGCAGUAAUGCAUUUGAAGUUUCUAUAAAGCCCAUAGACGGAAACAGAGGGCGUAUCUACCUACAGAUGCUCGAUCGUCAUGACGGCACCUUCAUUGUACGUUAUCGUCUUUACCAGUCUUACGAUGGGCUGAAGAUCACAGUCAAGAGUGCUGGCAGACAUGUGGCUGAUUCACCAUACAGAUUAAAUGGACUGGUCAAAUGCGAGAACUGCUAUUGUCCAGUGGAAGAUAGGAACCAGUGGAGAAGUGAUACGUUCUGUCGACCUGAUGUUCACUCUCAAACGCAGAUUGAUUUCUCAAUUUUUCCAUCCAUCGACCUCUCUACCCUUCAUAAAAAUGUGGAGUCGAGGUUUGCAAAGCAUCACAGCUUGUGUCACUAUGCCAUCAUUGAUAAUAAGGUGUACAGGAAAACGUUAGGAAGUAUUGUCGGAUUUAAAAUGUUUUCAGAUGCUUUCCUGCUCUCGCUCACAAGAAAGGUCAAAGUUCCAGAUGUGGAGUUCUUUAUCAACCUGGGAGAUUGGCCGUUAGAGAAGAAGGAUCCUGAAGAUGGACCUCUCCCUAUCCUGUCCUGGUGUGGAUCGACGGACACAAGAGACAUCGUCCUACCAACUUAUGACAUCACAGAAUCAACACUGGAAUCUAUGGGAAGAUUUUAA